AUGGAGGUCAUUGAAGCUCGCCAUAUCCAAAUGGCGGAUAAUACGUCAAUCAUGGAACCACAUUGGGGAUAUGCUGCUCGUGUAUUGCCAUGUACAAAUGAUGCUGGUUCAUGUGAAUAUCUGGAUGCUGUUUAUCACACACACGAUAUAUCUAUGCUCUACACUUUUAUCUUAUGGGCAGUAAUAGGAGGCAUUCUGGUUAUACUCACUACUCUACAUUUCAUAAAACCUUCAGGACAAGCUUCUACCAAAGCUAGAGACUCAGAGAUACAAAGUAGCGCGGGCAAUUCAUCCUGUUACUAUCGUGCAUGGCGUGGAAUAACGGCUGCUUUCCGACGAUAUCUCCUUCCAGAAAGCUUUAUCAAAUUCUUUGGACAUGUAACCAGGUUGCAGGUUUUGAUACUAGCAAUCAUGCUAGGUUACUUACUCAUCUUUACAUUUGUUGGAGAGACUUACAAAAAAUGGAUAACUCCUGUCAAAAAAUCGACUCUGUUCAAUACCCGAACCGGCCUCGGUGGUUUCUCCGACCGUUUAGGAGCAUUCGCGUAUGCAUUAACACCAUUUACGGUGCUCCUUAGCACUCGGGAAUCAGCGCUAAGUCUCGCGACUGGAAUUCCUUAUCAAUCAUUCAACUUUUUACAUCGCUGGAUCGGACGCGUCAUUUUUAUUCAAUCCGCUGUACAUACGUUUGGCUGGACACUUAUCGAGGCACGUUUAUACCAACCUCAACCGACUACCUGGCACACUUUCAUUAAAGAGCCUUAUAUCAUCUGGGGUUGCUUUGCAUUAUCAUUUGUUUGCUUCCUAUAUGUUUUCAGUAUUCGAAGAGUUAUUCAAUGGACAGGAUACGAGUUCUUCAGGAAGACUCAUUAUGUGGUGGCUUGUUUAUAUAUUGGUGCAUGUUGGGGCCAUUGGCAACAAUUGAAAUGUUGGAUGAUUGCCUCUCUUGGAUUGUUCUUUAUUGAUCGAGGAGUGAGGAUCUUAAGAACUUUGCUAAUUCAUGUUGGAUAUUUUGACGCCAGUGGUAACGCAGGUCUCGGAUUUCACCCUGCUCAAUCAGCCCUUCAGUACUUUGAUGACAAGGACGGUGGUGUCGUUCGUUUGGAAUUCGACCACAAACACGCCCCAUGGGCUCUUGGACAACAUUUCUUCCUCUGCUUUCCUGCUCUCAGUAUCUGGCAAUCACAUCCCAUAACUGUGGCAUCAGUACCCUCAGAUCAUCACACAUACAUCAUUCGCUGCCGCUCAGGUGAAACCGGAAACCUCAAAAAGAUAGCCUUAGAUGGUCAACUCACUACUCCUGUAAUCCUCAGCGGUCCUUACGGAGAACAGUUAUUAAAACCCACAGAAGAGCCAACCAACAUUCUAGCUAUAGCCGGCGGAACUGGUAUUUCAUUAACCCUACCUCUCGUUUUGGCGGCUACUGCCAGCGAUGCAAAAAUACACGAAGGACGAGCCAUUGAUUUUGUUUGGAUCGUGCGACGGAGUUCGUGUCUAGACUGGAUCCGAGAGGAAUUAGAGGAGGUAAAAAGGAGAGCAAGGGAUACGGGAAUGAAUCUUAAUAUUCACAUCUACAUCACACAAGAGGAAGACCCCGAACUGGAAGGUAAAACAGAAGAGGCUGUUAUCAACGAUGAAAAGACAGUCAUGGAAAUGGAUGAUAAAGCCAUGGUAAACUCGAUAUCAAGUUUGAGUUCGGAAGGAGGUUCCGUGGGGUUCAAGGUUUCAUAUCUGGGUGGCUGCAAAUGUUGUCAUCCUGAUUUGAAACAGGUGGUUAAUAGCUUCAUGCAAGAGAGAGCGGGGAAUGCAUAUAGAACGAGGGUCAUUGCGAGUGGACCCAAUGGUAUGGGAAAGGAUUUGAGGAGUGCGGUCGCUAAAUGCAAUGAUGGAUGUGCGGUUUUGAGAGGGGAAAAGAAGGGCGAUGUGGAGUUGGUCUGGGAUGCGAGAGAUUAA